AUGGAUGGAUAUGCUAUACUCUCAAGGAUUGGUGAAGGUGCUCAUGGCGUUGUCCUUAAGGGUAGACAUAAAGAGACUGGCAAGUUAGUUGCUCUUAAAAAGGUUCCUUUGCGAAAACUUGAUGAGGGAUUUCCACAUGUAGCCCUGAGAGAAAUAAAGGCAUUGCAAUUGACCUCCCAGCACCCUAAUAUUGUGCAUCUAUACGAAGUGUUUCCCCAUGGGAUGGGUUUUACGUUGGUUUUCGAAUAUAUGGAGACAGACUUGAGCGAAGUUCUCCGAAAUACAGACUCACCAAUGUGUGAAGGAAUAAUAAAAAGUUACCUUAUUAUGCUCUUGCAGGGUGUCAGCUUUUUGCACGCAAAUAGCAUAAUGCAUCGCGAUUUAAAGCCUGCUAAUUUGUUAAUUGAUAAUAAUGGCAUAUUGAAAAUAGGAGACUUUGGCUUGGCAAGAUUAUUUUCAAAGGAUGAAAAAAAACUGUAUAGCCACCAGGUGGCAACUCGAUGGUACCGAGCUCCCGAACUACUAUAUGGGGCGAGGAUGUAUUCUGAAAGUGUUGAUCUAUGGGCAAUUGGUUGUAUACUAGGUGAACUACUUAACAACUCACCGUUAUUCCCAGGGGAAAAUGAUAUUGAACAACUGUGGUUUGUGAUUCGCGUUCUCGGAACUCCAACAGAAGAUACUUGGCCUGGUCUUGAACAGUUGCCGGACUACAAUAAAAUCACAUUCACGCACUGCGAACCGGUGCCUUUGAAAGAUGUUCUUAUUUGUGCAUCCUCGCUGGCUGUGGAUCUGCUGAGCAAGUUCUUGUGCUAUGAUCAGAACAAAAGGAUAGCUGCUGACAACGCGCUGCUGCAUGACUUCUUCCUAAAUGAGCCACUACCCGUCCACCCCUCGCGUCUUCCCGGUUCCUCGGCCAAUCGGAAAGCCACCGCUCCGAAUUCCGCAGCCCACAUCCGCUAUGAAAACUGCCUGAAGACGCCAAUCACCAGCCUGCUUGCUCCGCCAGAAUUUUUCGACGAAGCGGCGGCAUACGCCCCGUCUUCGGAUGACUGA